UCCCAAAUCGUCUCUUCCCCCCCGGCUUUUUGAACAGCAGUAUAAGCUAAUCAGCGUAACAGUUUUCAAGGAAGACGGUUCUCGAUUAAAACGCAUACUUUUGCCGAAGGAGAGGACAGCAAGACUUAUCUUCAGUAAAGAGGGAGUUUUCUGUGAUGUCAGCCAUGAACCCCGAAUAUGACUAUCUAUUCAAACUCCUCCUGAUCGGAGACUCAGGUGUGGGAAAGUCUUGCUUACUUCUCCGGUUCGCAGAUGACACAUACACAGAAAGCUAUAUUAGCACGAUCGGCGUGGACUUCAAAAUCAGGACAAUAGAACUGGAUGGAAAGACCAUUAAACUACAGAUUUGGGACACGGCAGGACAAGAGCGAUUCCGAACCAUCACCUCCAGCUACUACAGAGGGGCUCACGGCAUUAUUGUCGUCUAUGACGUCACAGACCAGGAAUCCUUCAACAAUGUAAAACAGUGGCUUCAGGAAAUCGAUCGCUACGCCAGCGAAAACGUCAACAAGCUUUUAGUGGGGAAUAAAUGUGACCUGACCACGAAGAAAGUGGUGGACUACACAACAGCAAAGGAGUUUGCGGACUCUUUGGGCAUCCCGUUUUUGGAAACCAGCGCGAAGAAUGCGACCAAUGUGGAGCAGGCUUUCAUGACGAUGGCGGCGGAGAUUAAGAAGAGAAUGGGACCCGGGGCCGCGGCGGGCGGAGCCGAGAAAUCCAACGUCAAGAUUCAGAGCACGCCCGUCAAAACCUCGUCCGGAGGAUGCUGCUGAGACCUUAUAUUUACACACACACACACACACACACACUCCAGAUCUCCAAUAUCAACACACACACACAUGCACGCACGCACACACUCCUCACACAUACACACACCUCUUCCUUAAUCAGUUACCCUGCCCCCUAAAGAAUAUCAGAUAUCACCAUGCUCUACAGUGACAGAUGACAACCAGGGAAAGAGUGAGUGAGUGAGUGAAUGAGUGUGUGUGUGUGAGAGGAAUGAGUGUGUAGAGGUUGUAUACAGGAUUGUGUAUGUGUGU